UCAUCUCAAGCAAAUCGGCCUCCUCGAACACUCCAAUCUCGAAAGUCUCUUCUAUGCCGGGCUACACCUGUGAUGAUUGUGGACGCGACCACUUCGUUGCAGAUUGCCCUCGCUUCUCCAAGCGCUCACCUCAGGAAAAAGCUGAUGUGGUGUUACUUCGCAUCCUCUGCUCCAACUGCCUCGGUAGACAUCAUCGCCACUCUUGCAGAACGACAAAGAUCUGCAAAAUCUGUGGAAGUCGUCAUCACACUCUUCUACAUGAUGCUCCUCUCAGCAGUAAACCACACUGCAAAGUUCCACCGGUACCCCCUCGAGUGCUUCCACAAUACGCUCUCACAUCUCAAAAAUCUGCUCAAAGGGAGCUACCUCAACCACGACUCAACACUCUCCUCGCCACUGCCAUCGCCCAUCUCAUCACCUCAACAGGAUCACACACGGUUCGACUACUCAUCGACAGUGGAUCCGAGCUGACCUUCAUCUCUCAAGAUCUAGCCAGAAAACUCAACACCUCUAGAAGGAAGUCGCAUGUUGUAAUUGUGGGAAUUCAUGGAAAGACUUCUAAGACACAAGGAUCUCUCGCCCUCACUCUCAAGUCGACGUAUGACCAUCAAACCAUAAAUAUUGAUGCUCACAUUCUCUCAUCAUCUUUCUCUAAUUUGCCUUCCUUCUAUACAUGUUUUCAGCAAUCUCUACAUCUCCAGCAUCUCAAGUUAGCUAUCCAGAAUACCACAUCUCAAGAGCCAUCGACAUCAUUUUGGGUGCUGAUGUAUAUGGCUCAGUUGUUCUUCCUCAGAUGGAAAAAGGCCCUCCAUCAUCUCCAAUCGCGCAACUCUCAAUCUUCGGCUGGCUAAUCUUAGGACCUGUGUGUCAAGAACAGGAACGCCUUCCAAUCCAAUCUCCAAUGUUUCAAACUGUUCAAGAUGAAGACCUUCAUCAUCUCCUCACUAAGUUUUGGGAACAGGAAGAAAUUCAAAC